AUGGCCAUUUGUGACUUUAAUAUGAUUUUUACAUAUGUCAUAGCUGGAUGGGAAGGGGUGGCACAUGAUUCAAUGGUACUUAUGGAUGCUGUACUUGAUCUAACAAAGAAAUUUUCAUUGCCCCCUCCUGAUAAAUAUUAUCUUGUUGAUGCUGCUUACACUCACACAAGAGGAUUUAUGGCACCAUACCGUAAUGUUCGGUAUUGGUUGGGUGACUUUCGUAGUGGUGGGCGGCCUACUAGUAAAGAAGAAGUUUUUAAUCAUAUGCAUGCAAAGUUACGGAAUGUAAUCGAAAGGUCUUUUGGUGUGUUGAAGGCGCGUUUUGCAAUUUUGAAGCGGAUGGCACCAUAUUCCUUCCCGACGCAAAGAGACAUAGUUAUUGCAUGCAUGACACUACACAACUACAUCAGAAAAGAAUCCAUCUCCGAUCCACUCUUCCAACAAUACAAUGAUGAAAAUGUUCUUUCAGAGAUGAAUAUCAAAUCAGAGAAUGAUAUGCCUGAAGUGGAAGGAGGGAAUUUGGUUGAAAGGGGAAAGUUGGAUGUGGGGUUUAGAGAGAAAUCCCUAUUGUGGGACGAGAUUGACUAUCAGGAUAUACAUAUAUGGCGAGUAAAAGAUAAGCCUAACCAGGAAGUUGUGGCUGGCUGA